UUUAUGUUACUUUCCCUUCCCGCUUCGCCUCGAACAGUUCUUGUUUAUUUAUUUCAAAACUUUUAUUUUAACCAUGAAAUCAAAAUCAGUCAUAACAAGAUUCAACAAUUGUUAUAUACUACGAAAUAGUAAAAUAAUCAAAGAAGAUUUGUGGAUCCGAGACGGUAAAAUAGAAAAUCCUGAACAAAUAUUUUAUGAGGAACAACUUGAAGCCAAUGUAACAGUAAACUGCGAUAACUUGCUUAUUGCACCAGGGUUCAUUGACAUUCAAAUUAAUGGCGCUUGUGGUGUUGAUUUUUCAUACGACUCGGAGAAUGUACAAAAUGGAAUUAACACAGUGGCCAAAAAGUUGCUUGAACAUGGAGUAACCUCAUUUUGUCCAACCCUGAUCACAUCUCAUCCAGAAAAAUACAGACAAAUAUUGCCAAAAAUAAAAAAAACUCAGGGUGGGAAGCAUGGAGCCACGGUGCUUGGAGUGCAUCUAGAAGGCCCAUUUAUAAGCUUGGAAAAAAAAGGUGCACAUUUGGAUGAAUACAUUAAAACUCCUGAGAAGGGUAUAGAAACUAUGCGGCAAGUUUAUGGACCUUUAGAUGAUGUUGUAAUUGUAACCCUGGCUCCAGAAUUACCUGGAGCAAUAGAAGCGAUUAAGGACCUAACUAAGGAAGGCAUAAAGGUGGCUCUUGGGCACUCCACUGCUGCCCUAGCCCAAGGAGAAGAGGCAAUCAAAAAUGGUGCUAACAUGAUCACACAUUUAUUUAAUGCUAUGCUCCCAUUCCACCACCGUGACCCUGGACUGGUCGGCUUGUUGGCGUCUACCACAGAUAAGCAAGUUUACUAUGGACUCAUAUCAGAUGGCAUUCACACACAUCCGGCGGCACUCCGAAUAGCAUGUAGAGCCAACCCUGAAGGUUUAGUUCUGGUGAGCGACGCGGUGGCAGCACUGGGCCUGGCAGACGGCAGAUACCGCAUCGGGCCGCAGGCGGUGACCGUCCUGGACGGCCGGGCGUACAUCUCGGGCACCGACGUCUUGUGCGGGAGCACCACAGCGCUGGACCAGUGUGUGCAGACCUUUAAGAAGUGCAUAGAUUGCACACCCGAAUAUGCUUUGGAAGCAGCAUCCUUACACCCUGCUCGAGCUUUGGGCAUUGACGGCCGAAAAGGGAAGUUGGACUUCGGAUAUGACGCAGACUUCAUUAUCAUGGAGCCAAAAACGUUGAAUGUACUGUCCACGUGGAUAGCUGGAGAACAAGUGUAUAGUAAACCUAAAUAAUUAUUCUUUUAAAAUGCCGACUAUACACUGUCGCUAAACAUUUUGACAAACUUUAACACGGCAUACAUUGCUGGCUUUUCUUUGCGAAAAAUAAGUUUUCAUAUAAAAACUACGCAAUGUUUAUUCAUUUGCAUCGACAUCUGUGUGAGUUUGGCGAUAGUAGUAGUGUAGGCGGCAUAACAUUAUUUAAUAAGAAAAUAAGCGAUCAACAUCAAGUUAUAUAAACAAUGUGUAAUGCCCAUAGAUCUAUAAUAUAAUGCGUUUUUAGGCACAUUAAAGGUGCUUAAUUUUGGCAUCAAUGUAUGAAAUCAAUAUUGACAUGUUAUGUCAUAUUAAUGUGAUUUAUGAUAUAAUAAUUUAUAACGUGCAGAGAUUUAUGUUUCAAUGACACUCAACGAAGUUGAGUCGAAAAAGUAGAAAAGCUGGCCUGGCUCCGACGCUCAACGGCUGAGGAAAAAAAUCAAGAAAAUAUUUACCUUAUUUACAAGACGAUUAUUUACCUUUUUUAAAAUACAUAAACGGGGUUUAGUUCGUGUUGCUCUGUGGACUCAUUAGAUACUAGUGGCCCGUCCCGGCUUCGUUCGGGUAAAAACAUACCUAAGUAUUGGUGAAAUCCGAAUGAAAAUCCGUGCAAUAUUUUUGAGUUUAUCUCGAACAUGCAGACAGACGCAAUAGAGAAUUUUAUAUUUUAAUGUGGAUAAGGAUGACGAUGAGUCUGGUCUCGUCUCGCACACAUAAAACCCUUAUUUAUUAGAAAAACACGAGAAAUGAAAACAGCGCUAAUAUCUUUUGUCCCGUGUCUUUUUUGCAACGCCUACCUAUCUAGCCACUCUCCGGGAAGGUAUGAACAUACAACUAAUAGCUGUACACGAAUUCAAUUUAGAAAAUCCGAAUUUGAUGUGGUUUUUAAAUAUUGUCAUAUCUUCUUUAUAUAACUGCUCCAACUAUUUCCAUAGUCGGGAUUCCUUUAAAACAUACCUAUUUACAGUGUUUUGUUUUUUUAUAUAUAUUUAAUGAAAACUGAAGACUAAAACUUUGCCUAUUAAAUGUUAAAAAUCUAAGUA